GAUGUGGCACCGCCGCCUUUAUUAUGACUGAGAGUGGCGGGUAAAGUGUUGCUCGCCUUCAUGUAAGCUGGCCCCAGCCACUUGGUCGUCGUCGCUCUCAACCAACAACUUCAUGUAAGCAGCCCUAUCACACACAAGCACAAGCUCUGCAGAACUUCACUUGGUCAUCAUGAGUGAAUUUAAAAUUCAUCACCAUGUGAGUGAGCUGUUUUCCAUUUUAGGGAUCCAAUCAGAUGCUGCUGAGAAAUACACAGAAACCUUAGGUCAGUCUGUUCAGAGAUAUAUGAACACACAAGUGUCGGCUUCAAGUGCAGUGCGCAUCUUGUCUGAGAAUGCCCCUGACCCACAAGCCUUCCUCAGUAAAUAUGAUGAACUCAAGAGUCGCAACAUUCGAGAUUUGGACCCAUUAGUAGUGUUCCUGAGUGGUCUGGUAGAAGAUGAAACUGUGCGAAAGGCAGUGGAAGGUAGCUCAAAGUUGAGAUUGCAAGAGGAUGGUAUGACACUUAUGACAAUUCCCUCGAUUGUUUCCGACAUUGAACAUGCUGUUGAGACAAAGCUGUCCAGGGAUCAGCUCAAUGAGCUCAGGGACCGAUUGCUAAGGGAAUCACAGGUUACACAUGCCCCCAGUGAAGCCCUACAGAGUGUAGAAAGGGGAGAAAGGAGAACUGUACGUUUAGGGCCUCCGACUCCAAGCUGGUUAACAUCAAGACCAUAUCUCUCACUAGAUUUUGUGAAUCUGGAACAUAGACAAGAGCUUGGGGCACUAGGAGAUAUAGCAUCAACGUCACAGGAGCACCAGCUGAUAGAGGAUGUGUUGAGUGUGAUGAUGGGAAUUGAAGGGAUGUACAUCACAGUUCAACCCCCUACCAAACAUUAUGAUCCCCCUGAGUUUACAGUUGAUCCUUCUGUAGAACCAUCCCUAAGUACACUGGUGAGUCGAAUCCUGCCUUUAUGUGGUUACUACUCUCAGCUUAUAAGAUUUGUUGAAAACAAGAGUUGCUACCACCAUGGGCUGGUGAACCAGGCACUGUCUGCAGCUAUAACAAACCUCAUCAAGGACUAUAUGCUGCUGGUGACACAACUAGAAGAACAGCACCAACAUUGGGCUCUCACCCUGCAUAAGCUUUAUUUCUAUGUGGAGAAGACAAUGUCAGUCAUGGAUAUGCUAGCGUGUGUAACAAAAGUGAUCAACAAAUCCGAGGCCCAUGGUGGAGCAGUUCUAAGCAUCCUUCAUGACCGCACUGUCAGCCUCACAGGUUGUGGACAGCUUCAGGAUGUUAUGGUCUUUCUGACACAGUCUGCAGCUGUUCCUUAUAUGAAUAUGCUGGCUAAAUGGCUGUACAGAGGCAUUAUAAAUGACCCAUAUAAUGAGUUCAUGGUGAUAGACAGAGAGAGUGGUGGGGAAGAGAAUGAAGAGGAAGAUCUGGCUGAUGAUUACUGGGAAAAGCGUUAUACAACAAUUCCCCAAAACAUUCCUACAUUUCUACAGGUUCAUGCAAAUGUCAUUCUUCGUACUGGAAAAUACUUAAAUGUUAUCAGACAAUCUGAUCAUAGUGUAGUGUGUCCAGAUCAAGAGGAACUUGUAUAUAGUGUGCGUGAUCGGUCAUAUGCAGAAGUGAUUGAACGAACAUACAAUUUUGCUUCCAAGCGACUACUGGAGCUGCUGAUGAAAGAAAAGGACCUGAUGGGCCGAUUAAGAUCUGUGAAACAUUACUUCCUAUUAGACCAAGGUGAUUUUGUUGUCCAGUUAAUGAGCUUAUGUGAGGAUGAGUUGAGUAAGAAUAUUGAUGAUGUUGUGCCCACAAGACUUGAAUCACUGUUGGAGUUAGCACUACGAACAUCAGCAGCCAAUUCCGAUCUAUAUAAAGAUGACAUUGAAUGUGACCUACAACCUAUAACCCUGAUGAAUCAAAUGUUAAGGAUUCUGAGCAUUGAGACAGAGGCUGAACGAGACUACUACCCACAGGAGGAGCGUCUGCAACUAACUGGACUUCAGGGGUUUUCACUUGGUUAUCGGGUAACGUGGCCGGUGUCACUAGUACUGGAUCGCAAAACUAUAGCGUGCUACCAGAUGAUCUUCAGACAUCUCUUUUAUUGCAAACAUGUGGAGAAAUUGCUGUGCAGAGUUUGGGUUAGUAAUAAGGUGGCCAAAAGCUUUCCUCUGUCAGCCUCCCGCACCUACACUGCAGCUUUUGCUUUAAGACAGCGGAUGCUCAACUUCAUUCAGAAUAUUGAGUAUUAUAUGAUGUUUGAAGUAAUUGAGCGCAACUGGCAGACGUUCAUUAAUAAAAUGCAAAAGGUGGAGAAUGUCGAUGAAGUGCUUGCAUUCCAUAAUGAUUUUCUGAAUGGAUGCUUAAAGGACUGCAUGCUAACUUCACCAGAACUGCUGCGCAUGAUCUCCAAACUUACCAGCAUUUGUGUCAGUUUUGCCAAUUUUAUUGAGAGAAUGAGAAAGUACUACUUGGAAGCGGAACUAUGGAUGUCUGAUGAACGAAGAGACUCAUUAGAUCGCGAGGAGUCCCCUGAGCCAGCGACGACACAUGAAGACAGCCAAAGCUUUGAGCAGACCAUAUCAAGGUUUGAGCUUCAGUUCUCUGGCAUGAUCUACACACUAAUGGAGAGAAUCUCAGAAAUGGGUCGGGACAAUUACAAUGAUGCAUUGGUUAAUGUAAUAUAUAGAUUGGACUUCAAUAUGUACUAUGCCAAGAAGCAUGAGCACCUCCGAAUGGCAACGUCUCCAGAAACAUCACUGGAUUAUAACAGUGGUCCUGUUUCAGCUGAAUAUGAUAGUCAACACAUUUAGAAACUUCAGUGAAUUUUCUUUUAGAAAAUAUUCAGUGAAUCAUGCCGCAUUAUUUUCCUGCAUUUAGCUGACAGCCACAAAUUUGACAGGCCUUUUGAGCACAAGGAACCUGCAUUUUGUCAUUUCCUAAAUUAUUUAAUAUAAUUUGAAGAUUGCAAGAGUGUACAAGUUAACAAACAUGCAACAUUUAAAUUUUUUUAUAAAUCCAUAAUUUUCGGCAAGAUAAAGUUGGAAGCUGAAUAGAUUCCUUGGGUCAUGCUAAAGUACAGACCUGGAUUAAAUAAAUAAUUUAAGGAUAAAUGUAGCCUUUUGGAAAUGAAAUACUUAAAUUUUAAUUUGCAUGAGAGGGAUGUGCAUAUACAAGUCUAUUUAUCUUCAUAGUUUGAAUCAUUCAUCUGGAACCAUUGGGUUAUAAUUGUAUUGAAUAUGCUAAGUAAAAGCAGGUGUAUGUAACUAGUAUUUAUCUCUGGAAUAUUAAUCUGUACAGGGUAUCUAUAAAAUGCCAUGUACUUCCCAGAUGAAAAAUGUUUGCCGAGACAGGAUUUAAAGGAUUUCUGAUAACACAAAGUAUCACUUUUGUGAAUUAGUAUAAUUAAACAUUACAAAUAUUAAUACAAUACUGUAGUAAACAUUGUACAUUACAAUAUAAUUUAACAGUAAAAA